AUGGUUCCCUUUGCUCUCUCCGCAAACAACGAAUCCGACUGGCAGAAAGAACAAAACAAUACGGUUAUUGUCAAAUCAAUAAUUAGCCUCGCCAUCGUGUUCCUUGUGGCCCUGUUCGCCCUGUGGCGCGCGAGUGUCACCUGGAACUAUUACAAGUUUCUUCGAGAUCGUCAACUAGCCAUCGAGCAGCAAUCGGAUGUAAGCCAAAACACGGUA